AGAAAACUGCACUUCCCACAAUGCUCUGUUCCGUUCUCAAGCUCUCGCAUAGGAUCACAGACGUCUUUCAGGAGGAAAUAACGGGGGCUUGGCUUUCCGUUUCUGAGGCUUCAGAAAGAGGAAACAUGGAAGAAAGACCUUCAGAUUAGCCCUAUUCUUUCAUUUUCUAAAAACUAGGUUUUGUUUUGGCUUCCAUCAAGAGCUCUUCCAUUAAGAUUCCCUUUUGUAGCCUUCUCAGUUCUAUGUAGCCAUUCCUGGAAGCUCUCCAUUUCGGACGUGUGAUUGGUUGAGCUGUUUACCAGUGCUGGAGGAAAGGCCUAAUCCCAGAUCCUUCUGGAGAGUGCUAAGACACUGCCUGACUGGAAGCUGACGGGAUUAACUUCAUAUUAGAUUUGUGAUACAAGGGAAGAAGAACACCUGCUUGUUAUUACUGGCAAAUCCAGGCCAACCCUGCUCUGGGUUCGACUUGCGUUUUGGAUCUUGUCUGCGAGACGCCACUUUCCAUUGUCAGAUUUGGCACAGUUUGUCCUGUUGUAGGACUCCAGAAUCCAUAAUCAUUCAGAAUCAAGACUAGAGACUUUGUUGGAUACUUUAUGAUAUUAAAAGCAUAGUGCACAAGCAGAUCAGCAUCAUCAGUGUCUGAGAAGACCCAUCAGCCAAGCUUCAGAAAGAGCCAGGUCGUUCUUAUUCUGCUCUGGUCCUUCCUCUGCUCAGUGGAAACCUGCAUUCGUUGCGAUGGCUCCUCAGCCGACUCAGACAGGAGUGAGCACUGCUCUGUGAAGGACUACACUCGACUCUCAUCCAUCAGAUAAGAAGAGGAGGAUGAAACUGAAGAAGCAGGUGACCGUUUGCGGCGGGGCCAUCUUCUGUGUGGCCGUCUUCUCUCUCUACCUGAUGUUGGACCGCGUCCAGCACGAUCCCGCCAGGAGACAGAGCGCCGGGAACUUUCCUAGGAGCCAGAUUUCGGUAUUGCAGAACCGCAUCGAGCAGCUGGAGCAGCUCCUGGAGGAGAACCAUCAGAUCAUCAGCCAUAUCAAAGACUCUGUGCUGGAGCUCACCGACACGGGGGCCAUCUCUCCCAGCGGACAUCUCCCCUUCCGUAGCGCCAAUGGCUCCUGGGUGCUGCCCUUUGAUGGCAGGCCCACCUUUCUCUCUGUCAAGCCGCUGGAUUGCCAGUUCGCACUGGGCCGCAGGAGCCAAACUGACCUGCAGAUGCUGGAUGUGUACUCCUUGCUGAGCUUUGAUAACGUGGACGGAGGUGUGUGGAAGCAAGGUUUUGAGAUCACCUACGAGCCCAACGAGUGGGACGACGAGCCCCUGCAAGUGUUUGUGGUCCCUCAUUCGCACAACGAUCCAGGAUGGAUCAAAACAUUUGACAAGUACUACAAUGACCAAACCCAGCAUAUCUUCAACAACAUGGUGGUCAAACUGGCCGAAGAUCCUCGCCGGAAAUUCAUUUGGUCGGAAAUCUCGUUCUUCGUCAAAUGGUGGGAAAGCGCAGAUGUCCAUAAACAAGAGGCAAUGCGCAAGCUGAUCCUCGGUGGACAGCUUGAGAUGGUGACGGGAGGCUGGGUCAUGACAGACGAAGCCAACGCUCACUAUUUCGCCAUGAUCGAUCAGCUCAUUGAAGGCCAUCAGUGGCUAGAGAAAAAUCUGGGUGUGAUUCCUCACUCUGGCUGGGCCGUUGAUCCGUUCGGGCACAGCGCUACGAUGCCUUACCUACUGAAACGGGCGAACAUAAGCAGCAUGCUGAUCCAGAGGGUCCAUUACUCCAUCAAGAAGCACUUCGCAGCCACACGGAGCCUUGAAUUCAUGUGGAGGCAGGCCUGGGAUAUUGAAUCGGGCACAGACAUGUUCUGCCACAUGAUGCCAUUUUAUAGCUACGACGUGCCUCAUACAUGUGGCCCAGACCCCAAGAUCUGCUGCCAGUUUGAUUUCAAGAGGCUGCCGGGCAGUCGAGUCAACUGUCCGUGGAAGGUGCCGCCCCGAGCCAUCACGGAUGCCAACGUGGCCGAGAGAGCUGGCGUUCUGCUUGAUCAAUACCGUAAAAAAUCCAAGCUGUUUCGUAGCAAAGUGUUGCUGGUUCCUCUUGGGGACGACUUCCGCUACGACAAAGCAUUAGAAUGGGACCAGCAGUACUUCAACUACCAGAAACUGUUUGAUUACAUGAACUCCCGCCCGGAAAUGCACGUAAAGGCCCAGUUUGCAACGCUGACAGAUUACUUUAAUGCGGUGUACAAGGCUAAAGGAGUCGCUCCGGGGACGAGACCACCCGAUUACCCUGUGCUGAGCGGAGACUUCUUCGCUUAUGCAGAUAGAGAGGACCAUUACUGGAGCGGAUACUACACCUCACGUCCCUUCUACAAAAACCUGGACCGUGUGUUAGAAUCUCACCUACGAGGGGCAGAAAUUCUCUACAGCCUGGCGGUGGCUCACGCGAGACGUGCAGGAUUGGAAGGACGUUAUCCUGUUUCAGAUUACUCCCUCCUCACCGAUGCCAGGCGCAACAUAGGGCUGUUCCAGCACCACGAUGCCAUCACGGGCACUGCCAAAGAGGCUGUCGUCAUCGACUACGGAAACAGGCUACUACAUUCUCUGGUCGGUCUGAAACGAGUCCUCAUUAAUGCUGCACACUUCCUGGUAAUAAAGAAUAAAGACAUUUAUCGCUUCUACCAGACGGAGCCUUUCUUAGAGACGGACGACAGACGUGCCACACAAGACUCUCUCCCGCAGCGCACGCUUAUCGAGCUGGAAUCUACUCCCAGGUAUCUGGUGCUGUUUAACCCCGUCGAGCAGGAGCGUCUGUGUGUGGUCACCAUACUGGUGAAUUCUCUAAGAGUUAGGGUUCUCACUGAAGACGGGCAGACGUUACCGGUUCAGCUCAGCGCGCAGUGGGCGUCUGCUGUUGAGAUGAGUGGAGAGGUCUAUCAGGCUUCUUUUAUGGCACGCCUCCCAGCUCUGGGAUUGGCCGUCUUCCACCUGUAUGACUCUGCUGACUCCCCCAUGACGCUGCGCUCUGAUACGCUGCUCAGGAUCCCGGGACGGGGUCAGAGCAUACGGGGUUUGGACCCUCUGCCCGUGCGGUCGCAGACGGUAGACGCCCAACCGUUCUACAUCCAGAGCCAGUCUCUCACUCUGGGCUUCUCUGGAACCACAGGCCUGCUGGAGAGCAUUCGACGUAAAGAUGAUCCCCAGGAGGUGAGGGUACAGAUCCAGUUCCUCACAUACGGCACUCGACCCUCUAAGGAUAAGAGCGGGGCCUAUCUCUUCCUGCCGGACGGAAAUGCCAAGCCCUAUUCGCAGAGAGAAGCCCCUGUAGUGCGUGUGGUGGAAGGGCCUCUCUUCGCUGAGGUUGUGGCACAUUAUCAACACUUCCAGCAGACGGUCCGCAUUCAUAAUGUUCCAGGAAUUGAUGGUCUUUCUCUGGACAUCACCACCAUGGUGGACAUCAGAGAUCAGAAUAACAAGGAGCUGGCCAUGCGGCUGGUUACCGACAUUCAGAGCGGAGAUACUUUCUACACAGACCUCAAUGGUUUCCAGAUCCAGCCUCGCCGGUACUUCCAGAAACUUCCAAUGCAGGCUAAUUUCUACCCAAUGCCCACCAUGGCAUACAUUCAGGACAGCCAAUACCGGCUCACGCUCCACACGGCCCAGGCGCUCGGGGUCAGCAGCCUGGCCAGCGGUCAGCUGGAGGUGAUCCUAGACCGCAGACUGAUGCAAGACGAUAACCGGGGUCUUGGGCAGGGCCUGAAGGACAACAAACGAACAGCCAAUCGCUUCCGUCUUCUGCUGGAGAGGAGGAGCAACAGUGGAAAGCCUGCUGGCUCCUAUGUCAGAGUCACCAACAUCAUAAACAAAAUCAUUGCUGGUAUUUUAGGAGAUGGCCAGGAAGAGCCGGUGGACAGCAGACCAGUCAGCUUCCCGUCGCUGCUCAGUCACAUGACCUCCACCAUCCUGAACCACGAGGUGCUGGCACUGCCCGUGUUGCCCAGGAAACAUGGUGUGCCCCCCAUGCGUACCUUCGCUCCAUUGGCUGGCACCCUGCCCUGUGACUUCCACCUGCUGAACCUCAGGAGCAUCCAAAGCCAGCAGGAUGCUCACUCUCCAUCUUCCUACACGGCUCUGCUCCUCCAUCGACUGGGCCUGGACUGUGGUCUGGAGGCCCAGAACCCUGGUUUCAACUGCACUACCACACAAGGCCAGCUCUCCAUUUCUGGGCUGUUCCGUGGGCUAGAUCUUCAGCUCCUGCAGCCCAUGUCUCUGUCUCUGAUGCACUCCCAGCCUCCGCUCUCCAACGACUCCUCCAUCCAUCUGGAGCCAAUGGAGAUCUCCACCUACAAGCUCAAGCUGUGCUAGAACCAUGUUGCACCAGAACCGGGCUCUCUGUGUUGACCCUUGGAACCUGUGCUAAAGCGGACAACCACAGCUGGAUGAGCAGAGGACUCUUUUGGAGAUUGUUUAUCCUGAUUAAAUGUAUCUCAAUCAACGCUAACUAAACUCUUAGCAAAAUGGGGAAAAAAAAGACCCGAGGAUGAGAACGUUCCAGCCAAAGUCAGAUUUGGUAGCUGGCCUGUGCGCUGAGAUAAGAAUGUCCAAG